CGUUGGAUAUCUGACACUAACAAGCCAAUCGUUCCACAAGCGCCGGCAUUCUACACGAUUGAUAGGAGACGCUGAAGAAUCCCGACAACUCCGCCGAGUGGCCGGAAACUCUUCAGAUGAAGCGACUGCAAUGAACAGGUGGGUGGCACCAAGUGGAAACUAAGUCAAGGUUACGACGCUUUUGAAAUGCAGAUGCAGGCGGUCGAUGACAGACGACUGGCUCUGAAGGAGAGAGAUAAAGCGAGGCAUCUCGUACUACCAAUUCCACCGUGUACUACUUGAAACCCAUAAUUGCUACCACCGUUUGUUCAGGUUGCAUCUAGAAUGGCUAGACAACAAGGUUUGGACGUUGGGGUAUUAAAUUUUUCAUCCAUUGUGGAAUCUUCAUUUCCCAGCGACAACUAGACGGAUAUUCCAACUGCUUCGAUCGGCAAGCCUUAUUUUAACCCUCGGUGCUUGUGUAUUGAGCAAGGAAAAAGCAACCGUUCGGAAGCUGUUUGUGGGACUCCACAUGCGAUCCUGUUUUGGUGGAUUCAGCUGACGCUUGCGCUGCCGUUGCGUUCGUCUCCGACUCGUUGGGUCCGGGUGCAGGAGCGUUGAAAGACACCACAAUUCAGUCUCACUUUUCAAUUUGCUUAGCUGCAACACAGGCAGGUCCCUGAGCUUUCGCGUUCUUAUACAGCUGGGCCCCGAAGAAUCAUGAAGAUCAGCGUGAUUCUCUUCGCUGCUAUGCUGUUGUGCGUCGAUGCUGCCACCAACGUCGCCCAGCAGCAAGCGCCAGCGACAACAGCACCACCCGCUUUGAUUGUUCCAGUCCAAUCGGCACCGGCUCCAGCGCAGACUUCUGCAACGCCCGCUAAUCCAUCUCCGGCACCGUCGAUAUCUACGGACGAGUCUGAAUCCUCUACUCCCUCCCCGACAUCAGAGGAGGAGUCCGAAACACCAACGCCGGCACCAACGACGUCUACGGAAGAGUCCGAAACACCAACGCCGGCACCAUCAACAGUUGAGGAAAUCCCGGCACCAACCCCAGCAUCAACGAAUCAGGAAUCCGGCGAGGCGACACCGGCACCUACAACGUCUACGGAAGAGUCCGAAACACCAACCCCGGCACCAACCCCAGCACCAACGAAGCAGGAAACCGGCGAGGUGACACCGGCACCUACAACGUCUACGGAAGAGUCCGAAACACCAACGCCGGCACCAUCAACAGUUGAGGAAAUCCCGGCACCAACCCCAGCAUCAACGAAUCAGGAAUCCGGCGAGGUGACACCGGCACCUACAACGUCUACGGAAGAGUCCGAAACACCAACGCCGGCACCAUCAACAGUUGAGGAUACCCCGGCUCCAACGAAUCAGGAACCCGGUAAACCGACACCGGGACCAACGGCUUCUACGGAAGAGUCCGAAGCUCGAACUCCCUACCCGACAACAGAGGACGGCCCAACACCUGCACCGUCGAAAGCUGAGGACACUCCGGCACCUACAAGACAGGAAUCCGGCUACCCGACACCAGCGCCGUCGAAGACCGCUGAGGAGUCAACCUCGUGCACUGAAGUGUCUGUGGAGGGGGAUGCCACAUACUGCAUCCAGGGGCCAGUUUGCAGCGGAUCUGACGACGAGCCUGCUGGGUCGCAGUGCCCUGUCAAGGGUGACGUGGCUACCAAAGACUGCAUCGAAACAAUUCCGAGUUGGACCAGUGCCAGUUCCUGCGUGGCGCCAAUGGAUGCCGAAUGCGGCCGUGUUUCGUCUGGUGCUUGGGGCUGUAAAUUCGGUCAGACGGAGGCCGGUGGUUAUCCGACACCUGCUCCGACGUAUGUCAACAUAACACCUGCCCCAAGCACUUCCUAUGUGACGGAAGGAGCUCCUGUCCCUACGUCGAUUGCUGCUACUCCGUCACCUACAACAGCGUACCCGGAAGCUCCGUCGCCUACACCAACGACCCCUUACGUACCUGAUGCGCCGUCACCGACUCCGUACCCGUCCACAGUUAAUACUGACGCUCCGCCCAGUAACCCAGAGGUGCCAGCAACAACACCUUCAGAAUCGGCGGCUAACCCGACCACGCCGACGCCGCAGCCUACAGUGCCGGACGUUCCACCCCAAACGGACACGCCGUUCCAACCUUCGGAUGCACCUACGUCUGCACCGACUACGUCAGCGCCGCAACCUGCUCAGCAGCUCAGUACAUCAACUGCUACGGCAGGUGAGACUGGUACCGGCGCGACAAGCAUGAGUGUUGGUGGUGUUGCUGCUAUCGUCGCUGGUGUCGGAGCUAUUGUUGCCAUCGCCGGUUUCGCAGCCUACAAGCACCGCCAGAAGCUUGCGUCUCGCAACGAGUUUGAAAGCAGCAUCAUGACGCCCGUCCCGAGUCCAGCGUAAUGUCCAUUGCACGUUGCGUCUUAUUCUUUUAAUCGCGGUGACAAGAGCUCUACGGUAGUCUAGCCCUGCAUACUAAGUAUCCAAAAAAGAUACUUUCAGCUUCAACUUGUCUAUUAUUGUAAAUACCCUUUACCGGAGAAUUGA